AUGGAAGGGAAACAUAUUAUUUGCUGUGUGCUUUUCCAAUUUUACCGCGUGACGGGAAUAGAGUUUUUUCUAGGAGGGAAAUUGGAAAGGAGAUUAAAAUUCCGUCUUGAGGCUCGUGUUUUCUUUCCCUUUGUGUGUUUGUCUUCUGCUCUCAAAGAUUAA